AUGGACGGGCCACAGCGGUUAUCUCCCAACACUCAGAAGCAGGGCCGCCGCCGGCGGUCCAGCAGUCUGAUCUACCAGGAACCCGCUGAAUCGAACGAGCACAUAAGCGACCAGGCUGCGCUACCCAAUCUCAAUGCCAACUGGGUGCAUGCGAAGGGUGCCUGGACCAUCCACUUCGUCCUCAUUGCGGCGCUCAAAGUACUCUGCGACAUCAUUCCCGGGGUCUCGCAAGAAACCUCAUGGACCCUUACCAACAUCAGCUACAUGUUUGGCUCCUUCCUCAUGUUCCACUGGGUGCGGGGCAUCCCGUUCGAGUUCAACGCUGGUGCUUACGAUAACCUCAACAUGUGGGAGCAAAUUGACAAUGGCGACCAGUACACGCCUACCAAGAAGUUCCUGCUCUGCGUUCCGAUCUUGCUCUUCCUCGUGAGCACCCACUAUACCCACUACGACCUUACCUACUUCACGAUCAAUUUCUUGGCCACGCUAGCGGUGGUCAUUCCGAAACUGCCUUUUUCGCAUCGUUUGCGAAUAGGUCUCUUCUCCGAUUUAGAAGACGAUUCAUAG